AUGGCCCUUCGCGCUCCCAUGCUCCGUGCUACGGCACGCGCUGCUGCUCGUCAGCAAAGCCUUCGCAGCGGAAGCGCAGUAUCCGCCACAGCCUCUGUCGCCCCCCUGCGUUCUCAACAGCGCAUCACUCCCUCCAGCUCCAACGCCCUCUCGAGCGCUCGUUCUUUCUCUUCAAGCUCUGCUCGAGGCAUGGCAGCCGAGUUCGAGUCUCCUUUCGGUAUCAAUUCCUUGUCCAAGUUGUCGGAAGAGGAGGAGAUGCUCAGAGAGGCUGUGCAGAGAUUCGCCCAGGAUGUUGUUGCCCCCAAGGUGGAAGCUAUGGAGGAAAACGAAAAGAUGGACCCGGAAAUCAUCAAGGGACUCUUUGAGCAGGGUCUCAUGGCUAUCGAGACUGACCCUGAGCUUGGUGGUGCAGGCGGCUCCUUCACUGCCGCCAUCAUCGUCAUCGAAGGUAAGUGCUUUUGCGCAAGUCAGAUCAUGUACAUGAGGUGUAGCCGUUGGGAAAUUCGUCACUGAAUGGUCGAUCCAUCUCCCCUCCAGAGCUGGCCAAGGUUGACCCCUCUGUCUCUGUGCUUUGCGAUGUCCACAAUGUGAGCAGCGCGGCGGCAAUCACCUGAUUAGUCGAGGGGCGAGAUUUGGCCGCUGACGCUGUCUCUUGACCGUUUUGAACACAGACGCUCGUCAACACCGUCCUCCGCAAGUAUGCUUCCAAGGAACUGCAGGAGAAGUACAUGCCCAAGCUGUCUGCUGAUACUGUGAGUAUCCGAGGGCCACGCAUCGCAGGCGACGCGAUCCGCACAUGUGCAACUCAGCUCACGUGCCUGUCGUCUGUCCUCGACCAGCUCGGCUGCUUCUGCCUCUCCGAGCCCGCGUCCGGAUCCGACGCCUUCGCCAUGAAGACUUCUUGCAAGAAGGACUCCAAUGGAGACUGGAUCAUCAACGGUAGCAAGAUGUGGAUCACCAACAGCGCCGAAGCGGGAUUCUUCAUCGUCUUUGCACAAAGCGAUCCUUCCAAGGGCUACAAGGGCAUCAAUGCCUUUGCGGUGGAGAAGGAGCACGGCGUAGAGAUUGCCAAGAAGGAGAAGAAGCUGGGCAUCAAGGCUAGUUCGACCUGCACAGUCAACUUUGACGAGGUCAAGAUUCCCAAGGAGAAUCUGAUCGGUGAGGAGGGCAAGGGCUACAAGAUCGCUAUUGAGAUCCUCAACGAGGGACGAGUUGGAAUCGGUGCUCAGAUGGUCGGCCUGGCUCAAGGAGCGUUCGAAAAGGCGGUGCGCUACGCUCACGAGCGGGAGCAGUUCAACAAGCCAGUGGCCACUUUCCAAGGCAUGCAAUUCCAGAUUGCUGAAGCCGCUACGCAGAUCGAAGCUGCACGAGCACUCGUCUACAACGCUGCUAGGCUGAAGGAGGAAGGAAGACCAUUCACGAAACAGGCGGCCAUGGCCAAGCUCUUCUCUUCCCAGGUCGCUCAGAGCGUGUCUGGCAGCGCUAUCGAAUGGUGUGGUGGUUAUGGCUUCACGCGAGAGUCUGGUCUGCCCAAGUUCUGGUCCGACAGCAAGAUUGGAGGUGAGUGAUUUUUGAACUUGCAAUGGAGCGCAUGCGGCCAUUUUGACACUGCUCCACACUUGCCUCGGCCUGCAGCUAUCUAUGAGGGAACUAGCAACAUUCAGAAAGCGUGAGUUGCGCUUUGAGAUGUUCGGAUGCUUUGGAGGUGAUCGACUCUGAUAUUCUCGCACUCAUUUCCCUAUCAGCACGAUCUACAAACUCGCCUCUGCUGAGCUCGACGCUUGA